ACGACGACGACGACGGAGAGGUUCCGAGCUGCCGUCAUUCUACGUUUGAUUGAUGCGAGAAUAAGAACAAUCGGAGGUGAGAAGGUAGUUAAUCCCGAGGCGGUGGUUUGAUUCCAGGUUCCGCAUUAGAGAGAGAGAGAGAGAGAGAGAGAGAGAGGAGCAUGGGCGACGGCGGCGGCCGCGCCGGCAUGUUGGCGAAUUCGAAUUCAAACCACAGUGGCGGCGGCGGCAGCAACAAGCCGGAGUGGCUCCAGCAGUACGAUCUGAUCGGCAAGAUCGGCGAAGGGACCUACGGCCUGGUCUUCCUCGCCAGAACCAAGUCCCCUAACAACCGCGGCAAGUCGAUCGCCAUCAAGAAAUUCAAGCAGUCUAAGGACGGCGACGGCGUCUCCCCCACCGCCAUCCGCGAAAUCAUGUUACUGAGGGAAAUUUCUCACGAGAAUGUGGUGAAGCUUGUCAAUGUACACAUCAAUCACUCCGAUAUGUCGCUCUACCUGGCGUUUGAUUACGCCGAGCAUGAUCUCUAUGAAAUCAUUAGACAUCAUAGAGACAAAGUUAACCACGUGAUCAAUCAGUAUACUGUAAAGUCACUGCUCUAUCAACUGCUCAAUGGACUGAAUUACCUGCAUAGCAAUUGGAUAAUUCAUCGUGAUCUAAAGCCGUCUAAUAUCUUGGUCAUGGGUGACGCGGAGGAACAAGGAGUGGUUAAAAUUGCUGAUUUUGGACUUGCAAGAAUAUAUCAGGCACCCUUGAAGUCAUUGUCUGAAAACGGGGUUGUGGUAACCAUAUGGUAUCGUGCACCAGAAUUGCUCCUUGGGGCAAAGCACUACACAAGUGCUGUCGAUAUGUGGGCUGUUGGGUGCAUUUUUGCUGAACUUUUGACUUUGAAGCCAUUAUUUCAAGGGGCAGAAGUCAAAGCUACACCAAAUCCUUUCCAGCUUGAUCAACUUGACAAGAUUUUCAAGGUUCUAGGCCAUCCUACACUAGAAAAGUGGCCAACACUUUCACAUCUUCCACAUUGGCAACAAGACCUACAACACAUUCAAGGGCACAAGUAUGACAAUACUGCACUCUAUAGUGUAGUUCACCUCUCUCCAAAAAGUCCUGCAUAUGACCUCCUAUCGAAGAUGCUUGAAUAUGAUCCUCGGAAGCGUAUAACAGCAGCACAGGCCUUAGAACAUGAAUACUUCCGUAUGGAACCUCUACCAGGACGCAAUGCAUUGGUAGCCAGUCAAGGGGAAAAGCCAGUGAAUUACCUUACUCGUCCAGUUGACACAACUACAGACUUUGAAGGGACAACCAGCCUGCAACCUUCACAACCGGUAUCGUCUGGAAAUGCAGGAGGCAUGUCAGGUGCUCAUGUAGGGAUGAACAGAAGUAUGCCCAGGCCAUUAAUUAACAUGCCAAGAAUGCAGCCCCAGGGUGUGACUGCUUAUAAUCUUCCAACACAGGCAGGCAUGGGUGGUGGAAUGAAUCCUGGUGGUAUCCCUAUGCAGCGGGGUGUUGGUGCCCAGGCCCAUCACCAACAACAGUUGAGAAGGAAAGAUCCAGGAAUGGGGAUGACUGGUUACCCUCCGCAGCAGAAAUCAAGACGUUUCUGAAGCUCAUUGCAUCUGAUUAUAUUUGUUUGGCAUUGUAUCUCUGGAAGCUCAUGCAGGUUCCCGGAGUCAUGCAUAGGACAUGAGUUCAAUCAUUUACACCUGACUUGUGGCAUGUCUCAAUCUAUGGACCCAGCCGUCGUGUUGACAUGAUUGAUGUGAUCGUAUUUAUACCGUUUGAUGUCUUCCAAACUUCAAACAUUGAGGACAAAAGGACCGCCGGUUUUUUCUUAUUAUGUCAGGCGGAAUGUUGUAGUGUACGUUUCACGUUUUUUUAAUUCUUGGCCCCUCUGGUUAUUGCAGUUGGAUAAAAGUUUCCCAGACACUGCAAUGUUGCCUGGGCUACUGUUAUAGGCCAGCGUUGGUCACUAAUUAUGACUUGAUUUCUGUGCAAGUUUGUAGCUAAGCAAGCCCAAGAAUUGUCGCUAGACAAGAUUGGAUUACUGCCACAUCGAAGCAUUUUAGCAUCCUCACCAGUAGAGAAAUUGGAUUGGAGGAUUGUAGGGUAAUAAAGACUGCUGUUUGAUGAGAAUCUCAUUAACUGGGACUGGAGAUUUGAUUCAUGUGUAUGUUGUAUACAUGAAAUAUAUAUAUUUGGACUUUGGGCAAAA